UCAUCCCUUUAAUUGCAAUCAUGUAAUUAGUCAUAAUGAUUCUUAACAAAAUAUAUAUAUUUUUAUUUCUUGCAGGUGCGUUUUUGCUGCCCUAUCUGUUGACUUUGAUUGUUGCUGGGAUACCUGUGUUUCUCUUCGAGACAUCAUUGGGUCAGUUACUCAGUCUUGGUGGUCUAGGGGUAUGGAAAAUAUGCCCUCUUUUCAAAGGUGUCGGUUAUGCAGCUGUGGUGAUGUCAUUUUGGCUAAACGUAUGGUACAUCGUAGUGAUCGCAUGGGCUUUGCUCUACUUGGGGAACUCAUUCACAUCUACGUUACCGUGGUCACAUUGUGACAAUGACUUCAAUACCAUCAACUGCACUACAAACCAAUCACUGGCCGAUAACUACAGCACAGAUCCUACAACCGAAUUCUGGAAGUACUAUGUUUUAGAAGAGAGUGAUGGUAUCCAUCAAGCUGGAAAGGUUCGUUGGCAGCUUGCUCUAACUCUUCUAGCUGCUUGGAUUAUCUGUUACUUCUGCAUCUGGAAAGGGGUCAAGUGGACUGGAAAGGUAGUUUACUUCACUGCUCUUUAUCCUUAUCUCAUGCUGAUUGUCCUGUUUUUCCGAGGAGUGACGUUAGAGGGCGCCAGAGAGGGCAUCGUUUACUACAUCAAACCAGAUUUCUCAAGGCUCACAGAUUCAGGGGUUUGGAUCGAUGCAGCAACUCAAAUUUUCUUUUCUUAUGGAACUGGUAUUGGAAGUCUAAUUGCCCUAGGGAGCUACAACAAAUUCAGCAAUAAUGUCUACAGAGAUUCAAUGGUGGUUGCGUGUGUUAACAGUGGUACCAGCUUCUUUGCAGGCUUUGUUGUUUUCUCCACGUUGGGACAUCUCGCCCAUGUACAAAAUAAAGACGUAGCCGAUGUAGCAACAAGUGGACCUGGUCUUACAUUCUUGGCCUAUCCAGCAGCCAUUGCUCAGCUCCCGUUCCCAUCAGUUUGGGCAGUUAUGUUCUUCUCUAUGAUCUUCAUGGUUGGUCUUGAUUCACAGUUCUGUACUAUGGAAGGUUUCUUCACAGCAUGCAUUGAUGAAUGGCCUCGAUAUCUUCGGAAGUAUAAAGAAAUCUUCAUAGCAGUCGUCUGUUUAGGAUCUUAUCUCAUUGGAAUCGGAUGUAUUACACAGGGUGGUAUCUAUGUGUUUGAGCUUCUGAAUACGUAUUCAUCCAGUGGUAUCAGCCUCCUCUUCUUGACAUUUUUCCAGACUAUAGGAGUCAGUUGGUUUUAUGGUGUGAAUAGAUUCUAUAAGAACAUUGAACAGAUGCUUGGAUAUCGGCCUAUGAUGUGGUGGAAACUUUGUUGGACUAUCUUUACACCUUUAAUCUGUGUGGGUGUAUUUCUCUUCAGCUUGGUAAAAUACAAAAGGGUUGAGUAUGAAGACUACACAUAUCCUGUAUGGGGUGAGGUGAUUGGUUGGUUAGUAGCUCUAAGCUCAAUGAUGUGUAUCCCAGUUUACAUGGUCUAUUUAUUCAUCGUCACCGAAGGAUCACUCAGAGAACGUUUUCAGAAGUGCAUCGCCCCUCGUUGGACGGAGCGGGAUUAUGAGAGGGGCAUAGCUGUACCUCAGCACCAGUACCCUUACCAGUCUUAUCCUCCUCCUUCUUAUGCUAAUGCUAUCGCUGGAGAAGGUAGACCUACUCAGGUUUAAACAGGUGGGACUACAGUUAUACAUCAUCAGUGGUCAACGUGAAGGCGGUUUGUGUAAGAUAAAACAUUGAUGUAUCUUCAAAUUAUCUUAUUGUAUAAAUGAUGUAAAAAAAACUACAGGUUGUUGUAUUCGAUAGUUUUCUAUUCUAGAAGAGGCAGUUAACUGUUAAAAAAACUCUCCAAGAUCAGUAACAUGAAAGAAUGCUGACAAUGGGCUGAGGGGUAUGAAGAACGUGUUAUCAUGGGAAUAGGAGGAGAAAUAAUCUAAAGACAGAAGAAUUUGACUACAUUGUUCUGACCGUGAUAACAACAACAUGCCGUUAAAACAGAUUCCCAAGGUUUAAAAGAAAGAGUUUUCUGUAUGUGAUAAUGUUGAGUUUUGCUUUAGUUGGGCUAGUACUGUAAUAAAUGAAAUGAUUCUUAAGUUGAGAGUAGUAUAGCGGUUCGUGCUUGAUUCGAUGGGAUACAAUGCAACAAAAAUCAAGGAAAGAAAAUAUCUUUGUAAUUUAUGUUUACACAUUUCAAAUAUUUAUAAGUAUCAAUACUAAAAGACACUUUUGACCUCCUUUCAAUCUAUGAACAACCAUAAUAUACUCAUGUUAUAAGUGCGCAAAAGUUAUAUUUUCCCUUCUCGUUUUAUUUGUUUCUAGGUUGACUAUAAAAAGUGAGUAAAUGCUUUUGACCGUUGUUUUUGAGUAAAAACAAAAUGUCGGAAAAGGUGAAGAAAUUGUAAUAUUCUGAUUAUGUAGGUAUGAUUAGGACGUCUGACCCAUGAAUUACUAUUUUUAAAGUUAAAUGCCAGUUAUGACAAUUUGAAAAUUGAUUUGUACAGAAUCCAGAAUAAUAUGUCCCAAACGAUUCAUGCUGGGAAAUUAUCCAAAUAAGCAUGGGAGUUUGAAUCAAAUGUCGGGUAUCUUUCCGAGCAAUGAUAAUAUAUUGCCCCACAAGUGCUUAUCUGUGUAGCCGAUCUACAAUGUGAUCCCGUUUUCAGCUUAUCUAGAUUUCAUGAUUUCACAAAGUUCAGUUAAUGUAUUAGAUCUGAUCUACGAUGAUAAAAUAACAGUUAAUUUUGUUUUUAAGACUUUCUCGUGAAAUCAGUGUUGACUACGACUUCUUUGAUCUUUCUAUAACUGUAUAAGAAAAUAAUCUAUGAAGACAAAAAGGAGAAGUCUUAGUUGUCAGAUAUUUAAUUAAACAUAAAGCAGGAAAAUUAUUGUCGAUAAUUUUAGACAAAGCCAAAUUAUAAUUACGCUUUUUACAACUUACAAGUUGCUGUCGAGGCUCAAAACAAUAUUCAUCUAGAUGUAUUUUUUUUACAUUGAUAACUACGUAAUAUCAGUAGUCUGUUUAGCGAGUGUUACGGGUGUUCUCAGAAAGUCCUUGGGGAAUUUUUAUUUGCUUCGAAAUAAUUGAAUAAUGAAUUUUUGUAAGUACUCAAAAUACCUAUUGAUGCCCAAAGACUACAAAGCAUUUCGUGCUAAAUUUGACAGUUAUUACCUGUUUUUGGUAUUAGUUUGAUUUUUAUCGUUUUUUCUAAGGCUUACUGCACCUGCAAAGCCUGUCAGUCGCUCCAGGUUUGUCGUUCUCAUAUUCCGCCGAAGAAAAGAACAAUGUUAAUAGUAAGAUCUGAACUCUGGUCACUAAAUUGGGAAGGGAGAUAGAGAGAGAAAUUAAGGGGAGAGAUGCAAACAGAGAUAUAGGGGGUAGAGAGACAGACAGGUAUAGAGGGGGUUUAAAGAGGGAAGGACACGAGAGAGAGAGAGAGGGGGAGAUAGAGGGGGAAUUAGAAAGAAAGAGACACACACAUGCAGACCCCCACGCACGCACACACAAGCCCACACACACUGACAGAGGGGAGUAUGGAUCACGUAAUAAUUACACCCCUCCUUCCCAUAUUAACAUACCCUCACACAUCCCAUAGCGCACAUCAUCUCCACCCACACACGGGCUCAUAUGGGAUUUUUCUAAAAGAUGUGGCUUUUCCUUUUCCAUCAUAACAAACCGAAGAGGUAUUUAUCUCUCUGACCAUGAUAGUUGCGGUGAUUAUUGCGCUCUAGGCGACAAAGCACCAAAAAGUAGUCCUGUCGGUGCCUCUAACUUGCUGAAAGAGGCUACUAUGAGCGUUAUAGAACCGACAUGGCGUGAGAAAAGGUAAUGUAACGAUCGGGAACUUUUCUUCCAGAGAUAAAGUUUAUUUUGUGUAGGAAGGUUUUUAAUUAUUGAUAAUAAUCCAUAAAGGGCACCUUUAUUCUCCCACGUUGCAUGGAUUGUAAAGCCUUUACAGGCUAUAUUUGUAUCGUUUUCCUGCGUCAAAGAAAAGGCUGUUUUGUCGUCACUAACACUUCUCGCAGCUGAUAGUUCCAAUAAAUUAUUUUUACAUAUUUUUAAAUUAAUAAUUUAUAUAUAAAUUCGGUGUUGUUAUUCCUUCUAAGACCGUAUGGAUUGACCCAGUUUUGUUUACCUGAAAGUAUUAAUUUUUAUAUGCAGUAUAUACAUAGUGUGAUCAAAUUCCGACCGGGCUCCAAGGUUAUUGGAAUUGUCACCAAGUUCACCUAUAAAGUCAUAUUGCCACGCUUUUUGUGUCACAACCUAUUUUUAAAAAAAUCAACUAAUGUCCUUAACUAAUAGUCCCCGGAAUAUUAACCCAUAAUGCACAAUUCUGAUCAUGUUGUUUUAUGAUAUAAACCAACUAAAAUGAAAACAAUUAAUAUCGUACUUCUCUUUAAUCGUCUUAUCAUCCCUGUGGAAAGAGAAAUGUCUCACAGUGUCUACAACAAUGUGAAAUCACCUUCAAAAUACUAUUUGAGCAUUUUAGCAGUGUUAAUAUCAUUUUCACAUAAUUCACUGGUUGUUUUUAAGCAGAGACAGUGUGAUACUAUGUAAAAUUAUGUUCUUUAUGAAUUCGUGUUUCGAAUAAAGAUCCAUUGACAGUUAUCAUUUUUAAACGAAAUUUUUCAUUAUUUACGAAAUUACAUUGAAGCGCGCAUUCAUUGCGUCUAUCGAACAGAGAUGUUUUCUCGAGUUUCAUGAUUAUCCCCCCCCAAAAAAAAAACACGUUUUCAAGAGACUACAUGAACGCAGCUAUGUCAAGGUAUCUUACUGACGUGAUCGCGCAUACUGAUUUGGCUUUUUAAAUGUCCACUGCAUCACAGUCUCCAGCUCUUUAUUUUGCUGCUAUUUUAAGUCGUCUCUUUGUCGGAUCGAAACCACCCUCAUUUCCUCAGAGUGCAGCAGUCAGGGAAUAAGUGUCUUCACCGAGGAGCUCGCAGUUCUUAUUCUUCCCGAUUUAAUUUAAAUGAAGUACUAUUCUUAGUGUGUUUUAUACCCAGUAGAGUGAACCAACUCAACUAGUAGCUCAAAAUAAUAACAGAGAAUGUGCUUGUAAUAACGAGGCACUGGCUACAAAUAAUCCAACAAAACGGGUAUAACCAUGAAACAUGUAAUAUUAGUAAGGAUGGUUUUGGGCAAAAUUAUGACUAAACAAAAGAUAGAAAAAGGGAAGCUGAUAGUCACUGCUAGCCACAACUGAAAAAAAUAUAUCUUGUGUAGGCCUACUUUGGUUUCUUUGAGAAGUAAUCCAUUGGCUUUUUCUCUAGAUCAACCCUUAAUACCAUCGGAAUGACGUGAGUCGGUCUUGUCUUCAGUUUAUGAUAGAUUUGAUGAAGUCCAACUUCCAAGAAACUUUCAGGAAAAGGUUUUUUUAAAUCUAUUUUCUAAACAAAUUCAAUCAGUAUAGUGGCAUACAUGGAGAUUGUUCUUCAUGAUUUACCAAAGAUCUAUUAAAUGAUGGAACCUUUAAACAAGACUUCACUUUGACGUCACUGGUCGUGUUCCAGCCUGCUUGCAGCCUACGCACGAAGUGAGCACUGGGAUAUGAGAAUACAGAUAGAGAAAUAAAAAAAAGAAGAGAUAGAUAAAAUAAAUAGAUAAAGAUAAAGGAAGAAGAUACAUGCUUAUUCCUGAACGAGUGAGGGUGUGUGUGUUUUUGUGUACGAGGGAAUGACAAAGCUGGAGUGAGUUUUUCGUUUGAGGAUUUUUCGAGAGGAGGUUCUAAAAUUCGACAUGCAUUAGGGAAAAAGAGAGUAAUUCACACAAUAACUUUUGAGCACACAAUUACAAACUUAUAAGGCUUGAAGAAAGAAUUGAUUAUAGAUAAAUUAAUGAUAGAAAUGGAGAUAGCAAGACUGGAGGGGAUGAAAGUAAGGACAUGAGAGAUUCAAAAACACAGACAGAGGGGGGGGGGGGGGGUAGUAAACAAUAGGGAACGAAUGGACGAAGGAGAAGGAUAGGGCCAAAAUCGAGACAAAUAAAAGCAAAAAAAUAUCAAUAUAUAUCACAUGAGAAUGGAACGGUAGCAAGAACUCAGCGCUCGAUGGUACUUCAAAAUUUGGAUGACUGGCCUUCGGCGCGAAAUAAAUCUUGCAUAUUAUCCUCAGUCAUGUCAAGUGGUGUAUCAGAUAGCUUCACAUCUACGUUAGAUCAUUGUGGUAAACUAUGACGUUGAUAGAACAAUUCAAAUAACUAAUCAACCGUCGUUCUUUGAUUCUUUAAAGUAAGAAAUAUCAUGUACAUGAUUAUAUCACAACUUAUUGAACAUGUCUAUAUUAAAAAUGUCAAAGCUGUGGUACUUAUGAUUUCUUACAAUUGUAUUAUUUUGCUCUAAAACAUGUUAGUAUCGAAGCAAACGCUUGGAUCCACCUGAGGCAUGGUGGAUUUUAAUUGUUCCAAAUUCAUUUAAACAAAAGAAAUAAUUAGUGAGGUUAAAUUUCUGUUUAUUUGUUGGUCAAUUAGACGAGGUUUUUUCUAACCACCAGCCUCUGGUCUAAUGUUAAAGGCACAGGCGUUCUACGCUGGGGACCAGGCUUCGCUCACGGCAGAGAUAUUAUUUUCGGCCUCACCAAAAUUUUCAAAAAGGAAGGAUAGCUACAAUUUACUUUAAAAAAAAAAUAUUAAUGAGAAAGUUGCCAAAGUUGUUUAAUUGAUUUCUGACGUCAGAGCCGUGGCUUAUGCGCAUGAAUCAUGCAAGUAGCUUUACAUUACAAAUCAUCACAGUCACCAAACAAUGGGAAUUGCAGGAAAGUUGCAAUGAAAAAAAAACACAUAGCAUUUUAUAAUUUAGUAAAUUUAUUCAUUUAUUUUACACUCUUAGAAAGGUUGGGAAAAAGGCCUCAUUUUUAACCAUCACUGGGUAACAUACUGUCCACACAACUAUUGGUUAAAACCUGUCCAAUUUGGGUAGUAAAUAAUAAUUGGAUAAUAACUGUGCUCAAAAUUGGAUAAUAAUGAUUGCCCAGAAUAUAUAUAUAUUAUAUUUACCAAUAUACAUUACCCAGCACAGUAGACAGUAUGUUUCCAAACAUUUUAAAUGUGAAUAUAUUCAUUCGUUUGGGGUGUAAAAUAUAUAUUAAAAUAGGAAGAUUUUUCUAAAGAUUUGUGUGGCGGAGUUUUCGAGAUGAAUGUAAGCAGGCAUUCCCAUUAACUUUACAGUGGGAUAUAUUAAUUUCAAAGAUGUUUUAGAUAUUAAAGAAUCCUGUGGAAGGAUACUAAUUCGAGACAAGUGAUGGAAAGAGAAAGAAUAAAAGUGUAAAAAUGGAGGAAUGGUAACUAUCCAGACGGUAUCUUCAACAAGCAUAUUGAUCUACCUCCUUGUGAGGGUGAUAAAGUGUCCUACACACUCAUGAACAGACCUAUCUAAAGGUCAAGUGGACUACCAGACAAGUGUCACCAUCUUUACUCUUCACAAUAGCUCGUUUUCAGAUGAAAAUAUAGAACAAUUUCUAUUCACAUAGCCAAUGCAUGUAGAGAUGAUGACUUUUGGGGGGAUAUAAAAAUUUGUUCAUUUAUAAUCGUACUUUUAUUCGUUUCAAACUAGAUAAAGUGAUGUUUCACCUAUUAAUCAGUUUGUUGUACAGUAAGUGAGAGAGAGAAGAAGAGAUCUGUUUGGUUUGAAAGACGGUUGUUUGAUAGGGAUGAAUAUGGACGAUGUUAAUAGUGAAAACAGAUUGGCCGAACUGAGAAAGUGGGCUUAUAACAGAUAUUUUUCUUUCCUUCAAAAAGAGGAAAAUGCAUAAUCUAAAAAGGGUUUUACAAAGAUAAAACAAUACAUGAAAGUGCUAAUGUAAAACACAAAAUAGGGUCAUUCGUGACAUUUACCUUGUUCUUGAUAAAAAUUUCUCCUUUGAAAUUCAACAAAAGAAAUGGAGGUCAAAUAUGUACGGCCAUGCGUUUUUGGACUUUAUGCUGAAUCGAAAACAGAAGGACUAUCAAAUCACGCAAAUAUGGUGAUCCUGUUUUUGACACUUUAAUGAUGUUCUUUAGGAGAAGACAGUAUGUGAUGUGGGUCCUGAAUUGGAAAUACCCUUUGUAAAAAGCCUGAGGGGACAAGAUAAUCUAAGGGCCUUUUUAUUCACGAUAAACAGGAAUGAUGUGGACUGAUAUUAAUUUGUAUUGAUCACAUUAUUUCAUUUUCCUUAACCUUUGACAAAAAUUAUUCGUGUAAUUGUCUUAUAUAUGACAAAAUAUGAAGGAUUGAGACAAUAAAUAUAUACCGUAAGAUCAAUACAGGGGAUAAAUGAAACAAGGAGAGAGAGAAAUGGUUUGAUACUCACACAAAAGCUGCAGAUAAAGAUAAAAAUCAAGGGAAAUGAAAGAGGUAGAAAGAAAGAAAAACAGACAUAAUAUUGACAAAUUAAAAUUUACUGCAUUGCGACUUUUUCCCCCGAGUACAACCAAUUGUAAACAAUAUAAAUCAAGAUUAUCCACAUCAAUCCUCUACUUCUCUUUUUCAUAUUAAUCAAUGGGGCUUUGAGGUGUUAAUUAUCAUAGAUUAAAAGAAACAAAGCAAAUUUAACAGGCAAUUCAUUGCCAUUGUGUAGACCUAGUAUCACUAGUUUGACGCUGUGACAAGAUUAUGAUAUCGACAUCGCGCAAUAUAGCAAGACAAUGUCUAAUAAAUUGCCAUUAUGGUCCGAGAACCACACUAUUUUGGGUUGAAGGACAAAACGACAUACUGUCUCGUUGCUAUAAAAAGAUUUUCUAUUGUUUAAUAAACAAAGGCUUUGAUUGAUAGAGAAGAUUGUAUGUUUGGCUUACUAAAUAUUUAAGGAGGAGUAUCGGCAGUUUGUUUCAUUUGAGUUGAUUAUGCAAUCGGCAACGAUUGGUUACAUCAGUAUAGUCUAGUCUUAUUACAUAAUGGACCAGAAAUGAUUGAAUUGAUAACAAGGACAGAAAUGUUAACAAAUUAAGUACAAUAAUAAUGAUAAUAGCAAAUCUUAUUUAACCAGUGUAGCCAUUUCAUCUUAGCUGUAUCAAUCAGCAUGUCCAGUGGGCUCUGUAAAAUAUGUUAUCAUUACUCCUUUCUAUUUUGCAUGCCAAGCAGAUCUCUAGUAGGCAGUAAGUUCCAUUUGUAUAAGUCUUUGGUAUGACUUAGUUGGUAAUAGAACCCCUAACAUUCAUUCAUGAUGAAAUCUCUCUAACCACUGAACCAACAUACCCUUUGGAAUGAUUUUUUUUAAUCAUUGCAUGGCCAUGUAUGUGUUUCUGUUUCUGUUUGUGGUAACUCCCGUAGGAACUCGGCAGGACAGCAUUUUUGCUGGUAAACGCCAAGCUAUUAUAUCACCAAUUACCUUCAAAACAUUUUACGUGUAGAUUAAUCAGUCAUAGUCAUAGUUUCUAUGCAGUUUGAAACUGCAUAGAAAGUGGUUGGGCUUCUGCGUGAGCUAUAACAAAAUAGAUGAAAGUAUGGAAUGAGAGCGCGUGUGGUCUGUUGAGAUGAGGAUAAAGAGACAAAAUUAAUGACAAGAUGGAGAAGAGGUGAAAGAAAGCAAAGAAAUAGAAAGACAGACAGAUGAUAAGUACAGAGAGAGAGAGGAUAAGUUUUGUUUAAAAGUGAAGAUGAAGAGUGACAAAGACCACCAAUAAAGUAAAAACAAUACAAGAUGAAUAAUUGAAAUGUAUGGAAACAGAGUCGCCAAAGGGAUCCAUUAAGAUUGACGUCAUGUCACAUUUUGUUCAAUAUAAAUACAUUUGCUUCUUUUUUUAAGUCUUACAGUAACGUGCAUAUAUCGAGAAGUUUGCCCCUUUUUUAUAUUAUCAUUGAUUAUGGACAAUGGAAUAUUUAGUCAGUUUCACCUUCUUUAUUCUGGAUUUAUGCCUUGCAAUAAUGCGUGGAGAGUAAUGCAUUAAAAUGUAUGCCAUUAGCAAAAUAACAUCUUUCUAGUCGUGAGAUAAUCCCCAACAACCAUGUGUUGUAUCAAUAUUUCUUAUUUUAACGCUCAGUAAACACUCCGUUUUCACCAUCGCUUGGCAACGACGGUCAUUACCCUCUUACGCAUUGAAUGAUCAGACGAUGAAGAAAAUCAUGAAUUCGAGGAUUUCAAAAAAACAAAAGAAAAAAAGAACCACCUUUUAGAAACAAAAUAGAAAAAGUAUUUUUUGUUUCUCUUGCAAAGAAUUUGAUUACGGAAACGUGUCCCUUAUUCAUUACACCCGAAUUUUUUCGAUGAAAUAUUAUCCCUGAAAUGUUUAACGCACUGCAGGACAGAAAUAGCCAUUUAAUGAAUCCUCAUCUUGUAUAGUAAGCAUGUGGACUUUUUAUCGACAUAAGCGGUUAAACUAGGGUUGUUCAUUUUUAGAUAGUAUACAAGCUGGUUAUUAAUAUCAAAGAAGUAAUUCAGAUUGUAUGAUAACACUCUUUAAGAAUAAAGAGCGCUCUGUAACCCGUGUGGACAACAAAAACGUGAUUUUUAAUCAACAAAUAAAUAUAUACCUUCAAUUAUUUAUUCUUAUCAUCAGAACAUUGUGAUUUUAUUAUGACAAUAUAUUCAGUUUUGUAUAUACAUCUCACGUUCUUAUAAAUGUUUUCCUUUAUUUUUCAUUGUACCAUAUUUGACCUCUAUACUAUCUAUCACUGCAUCACUUCACCAUGUAGAUGCAGGAAAAUGUUGGAGUCAGUUAAAUUACAAUACGUAAUGAAUGAACAUCAUUGAUAUUAAUUUUCCUGAUUUCAAAUUCACUAAAUGAAAGAAAGGAUUUUUUUUAUAAUAAGUGACAUUAAGAAAAUCUGUAUGUAAUCAUUUUAUGCAAAUUCAUCGAAUCGACUUUAGUUUAUGACUGAUUUAAGUUUUACCGUUUUAUGUAAAAUUUUAUGUUAGAUUACAUGUAGUUUGUUAAUAGUGUUUGAAAUACCGCCCUUAUUAGUUGAUUUGAUUUGUGCUUUAUCUUUUUUUUAUGAAAGAGUAUACAGGUAAUUAGAUUGCAUUUAUCGAUAUGUAGUGAUUCAAAUAUUUAAACGCAAUAACAUUUUAGAUGCAAAGUUGUAACAUAAAAUGAUAGACCAGUGAAUACUGUACAUUAAUGUAUUUUGUAUGAAAUUGAAUAUACUACAUUACGUAACGUUGUGAAAAGGUCCGACCCGUCCGUUUUCCUACUUUUGUAUAUUUCUUGUAGAAAUGUAAUUCGUAUAUACAUACACCCCUCACAAUUUUCUAUGUGACUCGUAUAAUGAGACGGUAUUAGGGAUUUUAAAAAUGGAGUCUAGCAUUGGUUCAUGAGAACCUUUUGUACAUAUCGACAUGUAUGUGAAAUAGUACAGAUUGAAACGACCUAUGUAUAAUGUAUCACCCGUGUAUUUUUGUGACUAUCGAUUUGAAAGAGGCUUAUCUGUAUUUGAGUGUAGAGAUUGUAAAUAUAUGUGAUGGGAAUACUUGAAAUGAAGAAAACGUACCGUACGACUACAGUGAAACGUUUAGAUAUUAAGUCCUUAUUAUUUUCCAAUGGCGUUCUCCCUUUAUUCGGGUUGAGGAACAGUAAAAAUUGAUUCAUUUGGUUUGUAUUACAUUUCGAGUAGAUAUUUUAUGUUUAUGAUAAUGAAUAUCUUAUUCAAGCUUGUUGUAUCAUUAUUUUGUAUGAGAGUUUCAUGAACACAUUCUUUUAUACUAAUUGAUAGCCUGCACCAAAACUCUAAACAUCCACACUCCCAUUUAUUGUACCACUUUUUAAUGAAAACUGCUCGAUGUAUUUUUCUUUGAUUUGAAGUGAUUUCGUUACUUAUCAUCGUAUUGAAAAAUAAAUCAUUUUACAAUGUCGUCUAUAUUAGUGAAUUUUUGCUGUUUCAAUUUUGUUGGUUGAAAUAAUCAAACUGUGUUUUUAUAUUUAUGCAUGUAUGAUGUAAAUAUAUAUCUGAGUAUUGUCUUGCGUAUACGUCAAUUGGUUAACUAAAAUAUAUCAUACCCGUGAAAAUAAGUGAUUUGUAUCGAUGAUUUGUAUCGAUUUCUUUCUCGCUACAAUAUAUUUAUUUGUGUCUGCAGACCGUCAGUUGUUGAUUGGAGAGUAUUAUUGUGUACCCUUUCAUACAAUCAUAUAACCAUAGUAACUCUUUUGGUAGAUGAGAUUCCUUAUUAUAAGUUGUGGAAGACAUUGGCUUUGCGAUGGUUUGCUUGCGAUUGGCGAGUUACAUCCAUCAGGAUAAUGUAACAUGUAUGAAAGAAUUAUGAGAUGAUAUAAUCUUCAUAAUAAAACUGGUUGUUAUCCACAACA